AGUAAUCAUCAUAUUCUCCACCUGCUUUGAUAUUGUAUCCCCUCUCUUGCCAUUCCUGAAACUGUAAGGCAUAACAGCUCCCGCCCGUUUCCUUGAUGAUUCAUCGCAAGAUUACAUUAUAUUGUAACACUUUCACGUGCUAUUUAAGAACUUUAUUGUUUCUGUUUUGAUCGUUUCUUUUUCUCCCUUGAUGUUCAUUUUUUAGUUCUCAAAUCCAGUUUUCGAGAUGAAUAACGGUACUUCCACAAGUGUUCAUUCCGAUAAAAAUGCUGAAAUAUACGACGUUCCGAUGGAUGUCAUUAUCAGACCUAUAUCUCCCGUCGUCGACGAGGAAAAGGUUAAAAGUUUAAUGAACACACUACAAGAUUUCAAGUCGGAAUCGUCUGUACCACCGAUCGAUAUUCUAUGGAUUAAAGGCAGUGAAGGUGGUGACUAUUAUUACUCCUUCGGUGGAUGUCAUCGGUAUACGGCGCAUCAAAGACUCGGAAAACCAUUUAUCAAAGCUAAAUUAAUACAGUCCACAAUAACAGAUCUCAGAGUGUACCUUGGUGGUUCUACACCGGUUUUAAAAUAAAUACUCCUAGUUUCCUGUUCUUUUUAAAGGUUUACACAUAUUGCAGAUGCGAAAGAUAAAUAAACUUAUUUAUUUAUUAUUAAUUUUGCAUUGUGUUGGUACCGAU